AAAUGUACGUCACCCAUCAGUUUCGCCCCGGUCACGGUUCAGAAACCGUGCGUGAGCGUGACGGGACCCGUAAAUAGUUCAGAAAACAACGUAGGCGCUUGCAAAAAUGAUCAUUUUGCGCAAGCGCCUGCCGAGGUCACUGUUCGCUCACCAUGCGUUAUGUGUGAGGUCACGCAGGAUUUUGUUCGGUUCACCAGCGCGGAGAACGCGUGA